AGCAACAGGCUUCGCUUAUUUUGUCAGACAAAAUUUGUUGUGCAAAACAUAGAAAUAUGUUUCAUCGGAAUCUAAAUUGGAAUGCAUGGCCAUUGGAGCUGCCGCUGCUGCAUUUUCCAGGCCAGCCAGGACAACAAGAACAGCAACCGCCAGAGCGACGUUAUCAGCGAUUGCCACCGCCUUAUAUUGCACGAGUGGCGCCACAAGCGGAGCCGCCGGACUAUGUGGACUUUGGAGAGAGAAAGUUUGAAAAGCGCUGCUAUUUGAUCACAGGUUGCUUCAUUUUAGCCACAGUGGCGCAAUGGCUGCUGCUGGCGUGCUGCCUGCCCGACUACGACAAGUAUCCGCUGAUUGGCAUGGUGCUGCUUAUGAUGGGCAUUGUAGUGCUGCUAAUCUUCAGCAUUUUCGUGAGAUUCCAGUGCAAGUAUUGGCUGAGCAUAAGCCUCGCCUGCUUCUUUGUGGAGAUAAUCUGUGUGAGCACAGCGCUUCUCCUGCCGGAGCGACUCUGGUCUACAGUUGGGUAUGCCGCACUCGCUACUCUUGGCAUGAUGCUGCUUUGCCACUUGCUGGGCGCUUGCCUGCCGCUCGCCAUACUCCCCGGCGAAAUCACCGUAUUGAUCUUCCUCUGCAUUUUCAUGCUAGGCAGCACUCUCUUCUUGGUACUCUAUUUCGUCACCAGUGAUAUUGUAUAUAACAUUGUCUACUUUGCCUGCAUGGGAUUUGUGCUCAUUCCCGUUGCCGUCUACAAUGCUGAGGUCCUGCAUGGGCGUCGCUAUCCUGUGGCUACCAAAGAGGACUUCUAUCUGGCUAUUACUGUCUUGGUUGUCUUUGAUAUGUUCUACAUGUGCUUCUACUAUUAUAUAACCAUAGCCAAAAUCAUGUAAUAAAGUUUUUGAAAUCAACCUCUGAAUU